AUGAAGCAUUACGAGUCCUUACGAGUAAAAAAAAAAUCUCACACAGCAGAGUUUAACAGUUAUUUUCUGGUUUUUACAGUGGCUAUCAAGAAAAGGUCCAGAGUUCCCGGGGUUAUGAUCACUCAGUAUGUUGAGGUACUGCCUGCAGGGAUGUCAACACCUGACUUUGCCUGGAAACCAAUGCCUAUGACUACUCAAGAGGGUAAAAAAGGAUUUUUCAAGGCCAUGGUUAGUGGAGAGCCGGCACCAGCUGUGACAUGGGGGCGUAACAAAGGUGAGGUCGAUGACCCAGAAAAAUACCAGACCAGAUUUGAUGAAAGAGCUCAAGAGCACAUUCUUGAGAUACCCAAUGUAAAACCAGAUCAAGCUGACACCUACAAAUGCUUUGUCACCAAUGAGUAUGGACAGGCUGUCUGCUCUGCAACUCUCAAUGUUAUUGAAGUUGGUUUGAAGAAGAAUGCCCAAAAAGCAAACAUACAAGCACCACAAGAUUUCAGAAAAAUGCUAAAGAAAACUGUUGUUGUUACCAGAAAGAAACAACUCCCACCAAGAAAAGAGGGAGAAAUUGAUCCUAAGUUCUUGGAACUGCUUCUCUCUGCACCAAAGAAGGACUAUGAAAAAAUCUGUUUUGACUUUGGUGUUACCGACUUUCGCUGGUUGCUUAAGAGACUCAACAAGCUGAAAAAGGAAAGGCAAGAUGAGCAGGCAAAGGUUGUAGAGCAGCUGGACAAUGUCAAACAAAUAGAAGUAAAACCAAACGGGAGAGCUGAGUUCAGCCUGGACAUGACACUACAUGAUCCAAACAGUGCAAUUAACCUGUACAAGGAUGGGACAAUGGUUCUAUAUGGGAACGAUGAAAAUUCAAAGCAUAGCCUUCAGAAAACAGGGACAAAUUAUGUUUUCAGCAUCAAAGAUCCUCAGCCAGAAGAUGCUGGAUUUUACCAGCUCGAUGUUGAAGAUGCAAAUGUUCUUACAACUGACUUUCAAGUUCCUGCUGUGGAGUUCAUAGCCAAGAUUAAGGAUGUGAAGGCCUUUGAAAGUGAGGACGCCAUCUUUCAGUGUGUCCUGUCAACACCCCUCAACAGAAUUACCUGGUCAAAACAGGAUUCAUCGCUUGAACAUGGGGACAAGUAUGAGAUCACUGUCUCAGAGGACAAGCUAAUUCACACGUUGAGAGUUAAAGACUGUAAAAUGGAAGAUUAUGGAGUCUUUUAUGCCAUUGCUGGGAUAACAUCCAGCUGUGCCUCUCUUAAAGUGGAAGAUCGUGGUGCUCAGUUCGUCUGCGGACUGUCAGAUACUUUGGCUAAUAUUGGUGAACGAGCAGAGCUGUCUUGCAAACUAAGCAGUGAGACCUCUGAGGGACGUUGGUAUAAAAAUGGGAAGCUGCUAAACAAUGAGGAUGGUGUAACAAUUAUCAAAGAUGGAGCCUGUCACAGGUUGGUAAUUGAUUGCUGUAAAAAAGAUGAUGCAGCUGUGUACAGCUUUGAAGCUGAAGGCCGUAAAUCAGAAGCAACGCUUAAUAUUCAAGAUUCACCCAAAAUUGACGAUGAUGCACUAGGAAAAUUCACAAAGCCGAUGAUAACACAGUGCUACAAGGAUGACGAUGAGCUUUUGCCCGCUCUCAAUGUGAAAAUUGAAACAUCAGCUACUGAGAGCCUUCUCAAGUGUCAAAGGAAAGAUGGUGGAGAGGUCAAAAUCAAAAAUGAAUUUGGUACAAUGGAGGCUAUUUCCAAACUUAUCGUACUGGACAAACCCACACCACCACAAGGACCGGUGGACAUUAUGGAAAGUGCUGUAACAUCUGUUGAGUUCAAAUGGAAACCACCAAAACAUACUGGUGGCUGCCCGGUCACAAACUACAUCAUAGAACGCCAACAAGUCGGGCUCAACAAAUGGUUAGAUCUCGGUGAGAUCCCCGGCAGCAACCCGAGUUACAAAGACUUAGAUGUGGACCCUGGAAGGAGAUACUGCUACCGGAUCAGAGCCAAGAACGCACAAGGCAUCAGUGAUUACCUGCAGACAGAGGACAUAGCAGCUCGUGUAUUACCCACUGUAUUUCUAUUGUAUUUGUUGAUAGAUGAACCCAAAACUCCAGGGCCAGUGGCGCUAGAGCAAACAGUCCACGGCAAAGUGUUGGUAUCAUGGGCUCCUUCUCCAGACCAGGAGCUCGACGACCGCCUUUACUACAUGGUGUCUCAAUGGGACUCCAACACCAGAGUGUGGAAGAAUGUAGCAGGCCGACUCUUCACUAACUCACACACCGUCAACAACAUCCUUCCUGGGGUAGAGUACCAUUUCCGGAUCUACGCUAAGAAUGAUAUGGGCCUCUCAGAUCCAUCUCAGUCCCCUACAUGGGGUGCCAACAGCAACAGAGUUCCAAUACCUUCAAACGGAGGUAAUUCAUCAGGGGUCAGCUUUGAGAGGCCUCCAUCCAUCUUGGUGCCUCUGAAAGUCCACGCACCACCAAAAGGUUACCAACUCUACAUGACAUGUGCUGUCCGGGGAUGCCCUACGCCAACUGUAUCCUGGUACCUGAAUGACGUCUGCAUCAACUUUGACAAAAACUACUACAUCACCAACUCGUUUGGUGUGUGCUCCAUGUACAUUCUCAGAGUGCGAUCAAAAGACAGCGGUGUCUGUAAAGUUGUUGCAGUCAACUCUUUCGGCAAGGCAGAGUGUUCUACUAAACUUAGUGUUAGAGAUUAA